CAUGGCGACUGGAAAAAAACGUGGGUAAGUGGUGAGCUUGUCUUGUAUCAGUUUACAAAACAUUUUGAGCCUUAAUGUGGAGUAACGAGGCAUUUGAUGAUUUUACAGAUUAAAACUUCACUCAAUAAUUGAAAAGCUUUCUGAACAGUGCGAAAGAAAGAGUCCUGCGCGCGUAAGUACAGUAGUACCAUACUUUUUGCCAUUUAUAUUGUUACUAAACUUAAGGCCAGCUUAUUCUAUCACCCUACGCAAGCAGAACCACUGUGGAUGAAGCAGAGAAAUGUCUUAAAUUCGGGAGUCUUUGUUUUAAGUAGAAAUCGUCUUCCCGAGCAGUGUGCUCAACAUGGAAUGUUACAUUUACCUAGAACCAAAUUUUAUAUUGCGAGACGAUUUUAGCUUGAGCUCGUGGGAACGCCUCCAAAAUUAUUCAGUAAUAAUACCAAGGACUUUUGUGCUGUGGUUUAGGUUUGCUCUUUUUGCUAGAUACUGGCUUAAAAUUUCCAAUUAUCUAUCUUCUCUUGUAUUAAGUUCAUAAACUUCGUUUAACCUUAGGGAAAAUGAAACUGAAAUUUGUGUACACAGUCUAGGAAGUGUUGAAACUGAAAUUUCCAAAGUGACAUUUUGAGGGGAUCUUGAGAACUAAACUGUUACUCUUCGAGCUGGGGUCCAUGUCUAAACAAUUUUUCUUUAAAUGGGUAGUAUUUUUAAGCAUAAGCUUGGGUUAUUAGUCUUUUGUUUAGAAGAAUUAUUAUUUUUCAAUAUUUUAAAGAUCUUAAAUGGUGAUCUGACUUGUUGCUUUUAAACCAAACUUAUGGAAUCUUCUUGGGAAGAUAUAUAUUUUCAGAUGAACUGCAUUUCCUAAUAAAUCAUUUGUAUAUACAACAAUCAUUACCCAUACCAAGGUUUACUUUAUGGGUGAUACAAAUUGAAAUGGUUUCUUUACAUGGAUGAAAAUGUUGUGGAAAAUUGUGUUCCUUUCAGUUUCCAUUGUCUUCCCCAAUUUCCAUCUGUCUUGGCUAUCUGCUGACUUUUACAUUCUUAACUGUUUUCAUUUAAUCUUACGACAAAUCAGUUUGCAGGCAAAAGUAUCUUACAUGUCACUUUGGUUGUGAAAACUAGAAAGAAAGAUACUUGAUAAAAAAGGGAAAUUUUUGUUGGUGGAUUAAAACAUUAUGCAUUUCUGUUUCCAUAAAAAGUUUGCUCUCAUCUUGAGAAGAGGCUUGUUUGCGUUGAACUGAUUUGGCCUUGUGACAUGUGACCUUACCAGCCUUGUCUUUAUGGUUGGGGGUUUGUUUCUUUGCUGGUCUGGGUUUAAAAUGGUCAACGAAAAACUUCCACUUCCUCAAACAAUAAACUACUCUGUAAAUUAAUAAUUUAUUCAUUGAUCUCUUGCCAAUUUUUAGGAUGAAGAAAAUGAUGAUGUCCCCUUGAAUUCAAAAGUUUUAAAUAUAAAAAGGUAAAGAGCAUUAAAAAGCACUAUCCUUUGCAACCAACUGCAUUUUGCUCGUAGUUAAUCUCAGACUAUCUUGAGCUUGUUGAGUAACACUGGCAUAGGUUAUUCAAGCUGAGCCAGAGGAAUUUAUGAAGUUUAAAGGAGCUACACAUGCUCAUGUAGGUGUGUAAAUAUGCCUCUUGGUUGGUGUACAAUAUUUUUAAUCCACUAUUUAUAACCGACUGCCAUUUGUUGGUUUCCCUUUUAUUGUAUUGCCAUCUACCCAAAGCUUCCAAUAGAAAGAGGUACAUAUAAUGAAAGAGUUAAAUGUGAGAGUUUAAAGGAGCUUACGCAGUAGGUGUACUUGAGGUCAACCGUACAGUUACUUCCCAUUGGAACCAACCCAGACUGCUAGAUAAUUUUAAGUUUAGUAAUUUUCCUCAGCUGGUUUGCUCUUUUCCACUUUGCUGGGAAUGGCACAAAAAAUAUUCUUGACCAUGGUCUAUACUUUGAAAAGCCAAAACUUGUUACAAGUACACAAUAAGCUUAUCAGAUUAAAGGACUGGAAGAUUCUGGCCUACUUGGGUACUUGAAAAAAGGAGUGAUGUGUUAUUUCUUUACCUGAAUAGAAAACAAAGAAAGAGAAAUGGAGUUAAAAGAGUUUACAAAGAAGAGUUGUACAGAUCAGAUUCGGAAGAUGUAUCUUCAGAUGAAGAUGUUAAUGUUACUGGUAGGGUUAGUGACAAUGACAGCAACCUUGUUCAGGAAUUAGGACUGAAAUCAGCUGAAAGCUUAACAACAGGCAGAGUGGCUUCUCAUCCAAGAGCAGCGAAAAGAACUACAUGGAGAAAACAACAGCUAGUUAAGAAAUGUCAAAUGCCUGAGACAAGAUAUUUGGAUAACAAGGAAAAGAAGAAUAAGAAAAAAAGAAAUAUAGAUUCAGAAGUAAAUUUAUCAAAAGCUCUCAAUGGUGGCAGCAGCGAGAAAGACUUGGCUAUUGACAUAGAGUCAUUUGUGUACCACUGCCCAGUAGUAGAUGAUAUAGAUCAAGUUCCUGAAACAUCUUUGUGUCCUUUCUGCUCUGUGUUGUGUAAGAAUAAACAAGAGAUCACUCAGCACAUCAAAGAAUGUCAUAAUUCUGGUAAGGUUUGUCAUCAUUUACUCCUAAUUGUGGUUGGAAAAAAAAUUAAUUUAUGAUAUAAAAUAUUUCAUGGUCGAUUGUUGUUUAGAUAAAUUGACAUUUCAUAGUUAUGGAACUGGCCACUAAGAGUUACCAUUAAUAAUUUUUGUUAACUGUUGUUGUAAGUUGAUCAGUGUAAGUAGCAGCUGGGUUUUGGGAAUUAAUUAGGCUAGCAAACUUUAAAUGCUUGUACCUCAAGGCAACUCCUUCUAUUUGCUGGCCCUUUUUUCUGAUGCUUAGAGAACAAACUUGGGACUUUACAAGAGUCUUGCAUAGCCUUGUCUGAAGUUUUAAAAAAUGUUCUGCUCUGAUACUUGACACCCUUUCACUCCCAAGAUCUCAUUUAAUUUAGUACUGAGGAGUUAGAUGGUAAAGGGAUAGUUAUAUCCUGUAGUAAAAGCUCACUGAGGUUUGGUUCUUCCCCAUCAGAAUGUGCAGUCGUAGAUCACAGUGAAGAAGAUGAAGGGUUGUUCUCUUCAGAUUCUGGAGAACCUCUGGACAAUGAUAGCGAUGAAGACUUCACACCCAACAUGAAAACAGCACCAAAAAGGAAGAAUAAGCAAGUUGUCAAAUCAAAAAAAUGUCCAAACAAAAAGGUGAGAAAAUUUUAUUUCAGAGACUGCUCAGUGUGAGACUUGAAGGCAAGUCUCCUGUCAAGGAAAAAAAUUCAUUUAAAGAGAGCAGUUUCUAUUACUACCUAGGAUCAGUAAAGUACAAAUUCAAUCAAUUACAACACAAGAGAUGUUUAACCCUUUAACUCCCAAGAUCUCAUUUUUAACUCUCCUUACUGUCUGCCAUACAGUUCUUGUGAUGUUAGUUUGGAGAAUUUGGUAUUGGAUCAACUUGUAAUCCCCUAAUUGAUAUUUUUCUUUAUUCUCAUCACUUGUCUGCUUCAUAUUGUAUUGAUAUUGUAAGGAGAAAUUCUGUCUUGGUCACUUAUGGGAGUUAAAGGGUUAAAUUGAAUCAUACAACACAAAAAGGCCUAAUGAUAGCAACAAUUAUAGCAAUAAUACAAGGGGUGUUUAUUUGACCAAAUUCAAGUGCACUUCAAAAAUCUAAGGCAAGGGUACUGUUGAGAUUUGAGGGCAGCAUUUAUAUUUUGUCUAAAUUUCUAGCUAGAUAAGUUACUGUUAAUAAGGAGAGAAGAAACUGGUUUCUCCUUUUAUGAUGAUGAAGCAUUUGAGGGGAGGGUUCUUCUUGAAGGAUUCGCAGUGAUAAAGAGUUCUUUAAAAAACAAGACUUCAUUUUGUGACCACUGGAAAGGUGGCAAAAUGAAAAUGUUAUGUGUUUUUGUUAGUAAUAAAAGUUUCAAAAGGGGUGAAUGUAACUUGUGCCACUUAAAUUAGCCUUUGAAAAGAAAAUUGGAGAUUAAACAAACAUAAACAUUAUCCACUUACUUGUAUUACUUGCUGGUUUUCUAUGAUUUUUAUGUAGAAACCCCUUUACACAUAAAAUUAACCUGGCCUGUAAAUCUCAGAAGUGAUGAUUGGGUAAUGUGUUACUUAACUUCUCUCUAAAAUAUGUAUACAUUAUCUUGCAAACACGUUAUGAAAAUACUCAAACUUAUCAGGAAGAAGUUGUUAUCUUGAUUCAACACCAAUAAUCUUGUAACUGUUUAAUGAGGAGAUGUUUGACAGCCGAGGGGGGGAAUUAACAAACAGAUCUUGGGAAUUGAAGGGCUAAUUUGUGUUUACUUUAUUUACUUUAUUCAGAAAUGCUCUGAAGAAUCAGAAGAUGAGCUUUGCAUAGAUGUUAACAGUGUGGUGAACACAGAUCCCAGCAUCAGUGACAUUGAUAGCCUUACAACUCACAGUGCUGAGGUUUCAAAACAAGGUUUGCAAACCUCUUGCUUUUGAACUUUACUGUCACUGUUCUUGCAAAACACAUGCUUUUCCAACGAUUGACAACUUUCACCAUAGUACUGAGAUUGUCUAUUUUGUGUCCUGUUUGAUGGCAUAUUGGCAGAAGUAUGGGAUCAAUGUCAGUGUCUGAGCAACUGAAACCUACCCCUUCCCCUAACUCAACAUUAACCCUUUCUUGUUGUCAGCCGACUUUUUUUGGCCUAGGGGAGGGGUAGGUGCUCAGUUGACUUUGAUCUAAAGUAUACACGAGUCUGGUGACGAUUUCUGUUUCUUUCCAAAUAUUUAUUUUAUCCGUGAAGCUUUAUUUGUUCUUUAUUUUUAUUUGUAGACAGCAAGGAAGACUUGCCAAAAUUCCGCUGUGGUUGUCAGGUUUGUGGAAUGAGGUUUCACCGAUGGUGUGAGUUAAGAGCGCACUUAACUGCAAAGCCAGGUAUGUAAGCUACGUAAGAACUACAGUCAAGACUGAUCCUUUUCAGUAACAUAGAUGGAACUAGAGUAACACGAUUGUUGUUGGGAUUGGUGAUAAAACGCGUCUCGAUUAAGUGUCAAAACCAGAACUAAACCAAUCCCAAGAGCCAAUCAUAGCAAGGAAAAUAUCACGAGGAGCCAAUGAGAACACCUGAAGCGCGGGAAAACGCGAAUGACCAAAUUUGAAUCUGAUUGGUUCAGAAAGUGACACGAGUUUCCUGAACCAAUCACAUAACAAAAUGAAGCAAAACCAAAGCGAUUCCGGAUUACUUCCGAUACUCAAUUAAAAAUUGCUCAAAUUACUAAUGAAACCAGUUACAGCAAUUUUUUUUUAAAAGAACAUGUGAUAUUCUUGUAGUGAAUUUCAGGAAGUAUUGGAGAACCUACAGCAAAACUGCGUUUCAUGACAUUUCCAUGUUGGCCAUCCUUUUCUGAACGUUUAAAUUUUCCCUUUAUCCAAUUUCUUGUGACACUGCAGCUUUCUGUCUGUACAGACUGUCGGAAACUCUACCAGUGCGACCAGUGUGAGCAGAUUUGUGUUACAACAAGCUUCCUAAAGAAGCACAAGAAACUUCACUCUGAAGAGCGACCUCACAAGUGUGAAGUGUGUAAAGCAACUUUCAAAGACAAGGCUUAUCUCAAGCGGCAUGAAAUUAAACAUAGUGGCGUCAAGGACUUUAAAUGUGACGUUUGUGACAAACGUUUUUCUCACCAGCGUAAGUACGCAUUUGUUGCCGCUAUCUUAAACCUUUAAACUCCAAAGAUCUGAUGGUUAAUUCUCCCCUAUGGCAGUUACAUAAUUUCUCUUAAAAUUAGUUACGAGAAUUUGGUGUUGGAACAAGACAACAACUUCUACCUGAUAUUCUCACUAUGGUGACACUGAAUGGAUAUUGUAGAGAAUACUUACAUUAAUCACCUCUGGGAUUUAAAGGGUUAAUAAUCUCAGUCAGAAUUACAGUAACAGACGCGUAGACUUUAGGCCCUCUUUGGGCGUACAAAACUCUCAAAAAGUUUUGGAUGGUUACAUGGUGUGUAACCACUUUCUUCUCUGUGGGUCUAUUUUAGGUACCCUGAAGGAACACAGACGACGACACACUGGCGAAAAACCAUACAAGUGUAAAUACUGCGACGCAACGUUCUUUAAUUCUUCAAGUCUAACGACCCACACUACUAAACACACUGGCAUUCUCCCUUACAAAUGUCAAGCGUGCGGCAAGCUGUUUGCCAAGUCAUAUGGACUCAAGAUGCAUUCUCUUUCACACUCAAACGAAAAGCCAUUCGUCUGCGAGGUAAUGACCUAGGCUGUUGUUUGCUUUUUAUAAGUUGAUUUUUAUCCUUUAUUCUUUUGUUAAUAUUUUUGUGGAAGAAGUCAAGAAAUGCUGCUUAAAAUACCAGUAACAUUGCUGAGCUAACGGAGCAGUUCAAUUUAAUGUCGAAGAACCAAAACCAGUUACAAAACGGUUAGCUACUUAGUGAUUCACGUGGGUACUUGUAAUUUUUUCUUUUCAUUUUUUUCUUCAAUCAUUCAUAACCAUUUGUCAUUCCGUUUGUCUUCAUCUACAUUCGGGUUUCUUUCUGGAGAAUUUGUGUUCAAGUAUCUUAGUUGACUGUGCGAAAUGGCAGUUUUGUAAGACAAGACAGAUUUAGCCAACUUAGAAAAACUUAAUUAGAGACGUUGAGGAGUAUUUGCUGCUGUUAGUUUUGAAAGUUUUGUAGCUCUCCAUUUUUUUUCCUUUUUUUUUUUUGUUGUUGUCAUUUUGAAGAUGACAUGCAUUCAAGAAUACUUAAAGAACACUAAAACCAAUAACAACUGUUUUAUUCUCUGCUUUUAUUAAUGCACAUUCUCAUUUUAGGUCUGUGGAAAAGGUUUUAAGCGUCCAGAUCACUUUAAGCAACAUAAAGUCAUUCAUUCUGACAAGAAGCCUUUUAAAUGUGACACCUGCCAAAAGACAUUCAACCAAAGAGUGUGCCUUAGAAAGCACCUUCCUUGUAGAGAGCACGAGAAACAACAGAAAAAGCUGCAAAAUUCACAGGCGAAAGGGAAAAAAACGAAAAAGAAAAAUAGACGAGCCAAAAAGCCUUCCGCAAAGAAGAAUGAGAAAUUAGAUGUUACUGGAAUAACUUCACAGGACACCACUUGUCACACAAUUAAUGAUACAGCCACUGAUUCAUGCGAGGUUUCAACCGACUUCAUUUUGUCGCCCAUGGAUGCGAGUGAGACGUCCCUUUUGGAAGGUUGCUAUUCUCCACCGUCAUUCGUCCGGCCUGCUUCCAAGUUACUUGAUAAUGAUUAUUAUCCUAGUCAACAUGAAACCCAUCAGGAUUUUCAGCAGCAAGACAGAGAUUUUUCAACACAGCACUUGACGGACCGAGCUCAAACAAGUUUACUCUCAGCGUCGUUCGUUCCAACCAUGUUCAGUGUCGAGGAACCUCUGACACUCGAUACACUUCCUCCGCUCCCGACCCAGGAUACGCAUGCGUUAUCCGAAAGACCGCUGAGUCAUGAAAAUGCAACUGACUUAGGUUCAGUAUUGCUAAGUAGCGCGAUGGGGCCAGAGAACUUGAGUUCCAUUGUUGGUGAGACAAACUCGUUGUUUGCUCAAGAUUAAAUGGAUCAAGACCAGUAUCUUAGCAACUGCGCACUCUCCCCUCCCCUUACUCAACAACAGUCAACUGAUAACAAGGCAAGGUUAAGUUGGGUUAAGGGAGGGGUAGGUGUGCUCAGAUACUGACACCAUAGGCAGAUCACACUAUGCGUUCUUGGUUAAUAAUUGUUGACAUGAGACGAACAAAAUCUAUGUGGGUUGUGAAUAAAGAUCUGAAAAUUAAAUAUCUAAAUUAAAUCUCAGUCGGAAUAUCUCAGUAAAGUUAAAUGAAAUGUUAAUCGACGCAUUUGUGAUAUUUUUUAAGCCUUUAAAGCGUCGUUUGAAGCGUCGUGGUUUUUAAGCCUUUUUUUUUUAACUCUCCGAGUUUUUUAAGCCUUUAAAGCGUCUGUUUGAAGCGUCGUUUUACAAAAUUAAUUUCGGCCGAAAGCCGUUAAAAGGGGAAAGAGAGACCCUUUUUCUCAGGUUGUUGAGAUAUGCAAUUUUCAGAGCUUUAUUCAUAACCCUCAGAUUUAGUUUCUCAUGUCAACAAUUAUUAUCCACGAACACCUAGAGUGGUCUUCCUGUGCUGACACUGAUCCGAUUAAGCUCAUCAUAUUUCAUAAAUUCUCCCCAGUUAAGGUUACACAAACAGUUUCGUUUUUUGAAUCCUAUUUAAUAUAAAUGAUCUAAAAUUAAGGUAACACUAAGGUACCUGUGAUAUUUAAUUAUUUAAUUAAGUAUUUAAUUUAUUUAUAUAAGGGAGACAACUAUUGACAUUCGCAAAUUGCAUUCGUUUCAGUUGUAACCAGAUCGGUGUGAACACUGUUUUGAAAUAAAUCACC